UAGCAUAAUAUUUCUCAACAACCCCCAAAACUCAACAACUUCCCAUUUUUUCGCCAGUAGGAUAUAUUUAUAUAUACGUGUAGAACAAAUGCAAGUUCUUAACGCUGCUACUAUAUCCAUCCAUCUCUCUCUCUCAUGGCGGCUAAAUCUGCUCUCCAUUCUUCCUCACCUAACACCUCUUCUUUUUUGAACUCUAAAUCGAAUUUGGUUCAUUUCAGAAGAACCCAGUUGAGAUUUGAGCCCAGAAUCCCAUCAAAGCCUAUCAAAUGGGAAAGCUGCUCAAGAACAAGAGAGCAAUCAAGGGAAAAGGUGAAGCAAGGGGGGCGAUUAUUCACGGUGAGGUGCACGGCAGAGGGCAUAGAGAGGGGAAUGCUGAUCGGAGGUGGGAGAGGAAGAGAGGAAGCAGUAGCCAGUAAGAUGCUUGAUAUCCCAGAGAGGUUUAAGGUGGUGGCUUUAGUGGCAUGUGUCAUGUGCUUGUGUAAUGCUGAUCGUGUUGUAAUGUCCGUCACUGUCGUUCCUCUUGCUACCAAAUUUGGUUGGUCCAGUUCUUUCUUGGGCAUAGUACAGUCAUCCUUUCUAUGGGGAUACAUAUUCUCAUCAGUCAUAGGAGGAGUCCUGGUAGACAGAUAUGGAGGAAAAAGAGUGAUGGCGUGGGGUGUGGCCUUAUGGUCUCUGGCCACUCUACUUACUCCAUGGGCUGCCAACCACUCCACCGUCGCCCUUCUGGCCGUUCGUGCAUUCUUUGGACUUGCCGAGGGUGUUGCUUUGCCUUCCAUGAGCACCCUCUCAUCAAGGUGGUUUCCAACCCAUGAACGAGCGAGUGCAGUUGGAAUAUCCAUGGCUGGAUUUCAUCUUGGAAAUGUCAUAGGCUUACUGCUGACUCCAAUUAUGCUGUCAACAGUUGGGAUUUCUGGCCCUUUUAUCCUUUUCUCUUCUCUUGGGCUACUAUGGCUGACAAGAUGGGCAAAUGGGGUCACAAGUGAUCCAAGAGACAGCCCUUUUGUUAGCAAAUCAGAGUUGAGAUUAAUCCAAGCUGGUAAAACUGAUUCUCCAGCAAGUGAUGGCCAGUUUCCACCACUUCGUCUCCUAUUGUCAAAAGCACCAUCUUGGGCUAUUAUUUUUGCUAAUAUAACGAACAAUUGGGGAUAUUUCGUUCUUCUCUCUUGGAUGCCUAUAUAUUUCAACACUGUGUUUAAUGUGAACUUGAAGCAAGCGGCUUGGUUUAGCGCUGUUCCAUGGGGAACAAUGGCAGUCUCUGGCUAUGUUGCAGGAGCAUUAUCUGAUUCAUUGAUUAAGGCCGGCUACUCUUUGACAAUCGUCAGAAAGAUCAUGCAGUCUAUUGGAUUCAUUGGACCUGGUGUCUCAUUGCUCUGCUUAAAUUAUGCCAAGACACCAGUGACUGCAGCUGCACUUAUGACUAUAGCGCUGAGCUUGAGCUCUUUCAGCCAAGCUGGCUUUCUUCUCAACAUGCAAGAUAUAGCACCUCAGUAUGCAGGAUUCCUCCAUGGAAUUGCAAAUUCAGCUGGGACAUUAGCAGCAAUAAUCAGCACGAUUGGAACAGGUUAUUUUGUUCAGUGGCUAGGAUCUUUUCAGGCAUUCCUCACAGUCACAGCAGGGCUCUAUUUCGUUACAGCCAUCUUUUGGAACUUGUAUGCUACAGGAGAGCGAGUUUUCUAGACUGAACUCAAGUGUAAAUGAAGUUUCCACUGCUCUGGAAACAGCACAGGUCUAGAACUAGGAAUUAUUAUAUCAAUGAAGGUAAACUAGUUACAAAAGGGUGAAGAACACGAGUUCACGUAGGUUAAAAUUAUAAGUCAAAUAUUUUAGGCAUGAAAUGUUUACAAUGGAGGGAGUUGAUGGUGUAUACUGUAUAGUAUGUUGACUACGUGCGUGCAACAUUCAUCUCUAUUAUUCUUUUAAUGGUUUUUCACUUCGAUA